AAAAGAAAGGAUUUUUUUUUUCUCUUGACAGUCUGUACUUUAGGAAAGACAAAAAGGAAGUUUUAAGGGUUGGAGUUUGAAUCUACUACCAACCCAAAGAAGAGAGGAAGUUAUGGAUGCAUAUGAAGCUACAAAAAUUGUUUACCAAAGGAUUCAAAGUUUGGAUCCUGAAAAUGCCUCAAAAAUUAUGGGGAUUCUUCUGAUACAAGACCAUGGUGAGAAAGAAAUGAUUAGAUUGGCUUUUGGUCCAGAAGCUUUAGUUCACUCAGUGAUUCUUAAAGCAAGAAAAGAACUUGGUGUUUCUUCAAACUCACCUUCUACACCUUCAACUCCUUCUUCACCUUCACCUUUUGGUGGUUCAGUGUGUUUUUCGAGGCAGAAUUCUUCUUCUUCAGCUACUUCUGGUAGGAUUCUUGGUGGUUUAAACCUUCCUUCACCUCUUAGCAUAACUAGUAACAACAACCACUCUUCAACUGUUUCUGCUUCUUGGAGUACUAGUCCUAGUUUCUCUGAGUUCCAAGAAGCUGAUCUAGUUAGUCCUAGUGCUUCCAACAUCUCAUAUACUGCUGCUAGUACUAAUGGAAUGAACAAUUCCACCAUGAAUUCCUCUGCUCCUCCCUUUUAUUGCAAUGGAGAAGUAGAUUUGAUAGAUGAGUUUCAACUACAGGACCAACUUUCUUUCUUGAAUGAUGGGUCACCAACCUUGGGGCCUAAGAAUCCUGAUGUUUAUUACCAACAACAGCAGCAACAGCAAGAUUUAGCCUCAAGUCCAAGUGGGGAUUCCAUGCUUUUCUCUUCAUAUAACUGGGGUGGUGGUGGCUGCAGCUCAGUCAACGGGCUCUCUCAUAGAAGGAGCUGCUCUGUGAGUGAUAUAUGUUUGGGGGCUGAUGACCCAAGUGGAGGACUUGGCUGGAAACCUUGUCUCUAUUUUGCUAGAGGGUAUUGCAAGAAUGGAAGUAGCUGUAGGUUCCUUCAUGGUGCUGGGCCUGGUGAGGGCGAGGUUGGGUCACCAAGCAAGUUUGAGAUGAUGGAACAUUGCCAAGAACUUCUCAGAUCUAAGUCAGCUCACCAGCAAAGACUAGCCACAGCUUCUCAGCUCAUGGCUUCUUCUAACUUCCCUCUCUCUCCCAUGGCUGCUAACAAAUGCAUCAACUUUCUUCAGCAGCAACAGUUGCAGUCUGCUGAGAGUCCCAGAGCAGCUGCAGCAUUGAUGAUGGGUGAUGACAUGCAUAAGUUGAGCAGAAGUCGUUUUGAAAGAGGGGAUUUUGGACUGAAUGGUGGAGCUGGAAUAGCAAAUCCAGGUUCAAGGCAAAUUUACUUGACAUUUCCUGCUGAUAGUACUUUCAAAGAAGAGGAUGUUUCCAAUUAUUUCAGCACUUAUGGGCCUGUUCAAGAUGUGAGGAUUCCAUAUCAGCAAAAGAGGAUGUUUGGUUUUGUUACAUUUGUUUAUCCAGAGACUGUGAAGACCAUUCUUGCCAAAGGAAAUCCUCAUUUUGUAUGUGAUGCUAGGGUGCUUGUCAAGCCUUACAAAGAGAAGGGCAAAGUCCCAGAGAAGUUUAGGAAACAACACCAACAGCAGAUGGAGAGGGGAGAAUUCACUGGAUGUGGUAGUCCUACUGGUCUUGAGUCCAGUGAUCCUUAUGAUCUUCAGCUUGGUGCAAGAAUGUUUUACAAUACUCAAGAUGCAUUGUGGAGGAGAAAAUUGGAAGAACAAGCUGAUCUGCAACAGGCAAUUGAGCUCCAAAGCAGGAGAUUGCUGAAUUUACAGCUUCUUGAUGUCAAAAGGAGCAACCAUCAUCGCGCCCUUUCCAUGAGUGCUGUUAUCCCAUCCCCACCUCACUCUCCAGGCUUCUUCAAUCAAAAUAUGGUUCGCUCCACAGACUUUGGCAGCCGAGAAGAGAAUGGUUUUGCACCAAAAAUGGCCAAUUUUGCUGCUUUUACUGCUGCUGAGCAAAAGAAUGGAAAUCUCACUGCCAAGGAGAGAGAAUGCUUCACAGGUAAAGAUGAAAAUAGCAAUGGCAAAGAAAGUUCCAAGAAGGAAGCAAGUGAUUUUCAAGAAAGCAGCUUGGAGCAUAAUCUCCCAGAUAGUCCAUUUGCAUCACCUAAAGCAGUUGGAGACUUUAUCACAACUUUCUCAAAUGAAGCUGCUGGAGAUGUUGACAAAGGUGCUGGAUUAAAUGCAUCAUCCUCUGCUAACAAUAAUAUGAUCCCUUCUUCCUCCUUGUUACCUGCUACUAGUACUCUAGACAUGACUCCUUUCAAAUCAUGUUACUUCCAAGUGCCUAGGUUCCCUUCCGGACAUGGCACCAUUGGAAUGUAGGCCUGGACAGCUUGUUAUGUUACGUAGUUUAGCUUCCUUAGUUUAGGAAGGAAAGAAAGAACGAUGACGACCGUAACCAAACCCCAAAACAAAAAAAUACUACUCUCAAGAAGCAAGCCAGCAUCAGCCAGGAAAACACAUACCCUACUUACUACUACUACUACUACUAUUAUACAAAAUAUGCAUAAAUACAUAAAAAAGAAGAAGAAUGAUGUGUGACAGCCAUGUUGUAAAAUGUAUUUUCAGUGUCUUUUUCCCAUAUCUCUCCUUUAGUUGAGGCUGGAUUCACAUGUUAAAGAAAAAGGAUAAUUAGCCAUAGGUACAAAUAAGUAAAAUCCAAAGUAUCACUUGUAAUCUCCUUCCUCCUUUACCUAAGCAAUUAUUGGGUGUCCACUUGUGUACUUAAGACAUCCUAAAGGUUAACUAGUUGUAAUUUUCUUUUGUGUUGUUGUAAUCACUUGUAUAGAAGAUGAAGAUGAUGAAGCACAAGGCAGAAGAGUAAAUCAAGAUUUCAAGUUGAAAUAUAUGUAAUUUCAAAAUACUCAUAUUAGUACAAGGCAAAGGCAAAGGCAAAGGGGAAGCUCUUUUGUUUGUAACUUUUUUAUUGUAUGCUUUUUAGCAUGUAGACAUUAUAUUAGUAAGCGUCUUUUUACCAUAUAUUAGCUUGCUAUCUUUUGUAAUUUUCCUUUUUUUUUUUUUCAACUCUUUGUUGUAAUUUUAUUAUAAGAAUAUUAAAUAGUGUAUCAAUCAAAGAUGUAAACAGACAGAAAAAAGGAGGAGGAAAAUGGAGGAAGUUUCAUAAUUUAGUAGCUUUAA